GAGUAGGGUGUGAAAGCCCAAAUAAAGCCAUGGGGGCAGGGCUGGGCCCCCAUUCGCUAUAAAUAAACUGGCGUCCCGUGGGCUCGGAUUUGGUGGUUCGGGCUUCGGACACGGGACCGCCGGCGCCGCCGCUGCUGCUGCAGUAGUAGUAGCCUUCCUCAAAGGAAUUACAUCAUCAUCAUCAUCCAGGAUGCCUCGUGUGGACGCAGACCUCAAGCUGGACUUCAAGGAUGUCCUGUUCCGGCCCAAAAGGAGCAGCCUGAAGAGUCGCUCCGAGGUGGACCUGCAGAGGACUUUCACAUUCCGCAACUCGAAGCAGACGUACUCUGGAAUCCCCAUCAUCGCCGCCAACAUGGAUACCACCGGAACCUUUGAGAUGGCCCGAGUCCUCAGCAAACACACGCUGUUCACCGCCAUUCACAAACACUACACUGUGGAAGAAUGGAAGAACUUUGCUGCUAAUCACCCAGAGUGCUUGGAGCACGUCGCCGCCAGCUCGGGCAGUGGCAGCGGCGACCUGGGCAAGCUGUGCGCCAUCGCCGAGGCCGUGCCCGCCCUCAAGUACAUCUGCCUGGACGUGGCCAAUGGCUACUCGGAGCACUUCGUUGACUUCGUCAAGGCGGUGCGAGGGAAGUUCCCCAUGCACACUAUCAUGGCCGGUAACGUGGUGACGGGGGAGAUGGUAGAGGAGCUCAUCCUCUCCGGGGCGGACAUCAUCAAAGUGGGCAUUGGACCAGGGUCUGUGUGCACAACGAGGAUCAAGACGGGUGUCGGCUAUCCUCAACUGAGCGCCGUCAUCGAGUGCGCCGACUCGGCCCAUGGCCUCAAAGGACACAUCAUCUCUGAUGGUGGCUGCAGUUGCCCUGGCGAUGUCGCCAAAGCCUUUGGUGCGGGCGCCGACUUUGUGAUGAUGGGCGGCAUGCUGGCGGGACACGACCAGUGCUCGGGCGAUUUGAUCGAAAAGAACGGCAAAAAGUUCAAACUAUUCUACGGGAUGAGCUCCGACACGGCAAUGAAGAAAUACGUGGGGGGCGUGGCCGAGUACAGAGCGUCGGAGGGCCGGACGGUGGAAGUGCCGUACCGGGGCGACGUGGAGAGCACGAUCCGCGACGUCCUGGGCGGCGUGCGCUCCACCUGCACCUACGUGGGCGCCGCCAAGCUGAAGGAGCUGAGCCGUAGGACCACCUUCAUCCGCGUCACGCAGCAGUCCAGCCAAAUGUUUGCUUAAUGGCGCCCCCUGUGGGCCGGGCGCUCAAAGUCGUCUCAGGAUUAUCUGCUGUCAACCUCACUAAACGAUUGUUGAGACUCUAUCAACAAUGGACACGAGCGAUGCCAUGUCUUUACAGUGGUGCCUUGACUUGCGAGUUGACUCGCGAGUCGGUCUCUCUUAAGUCGAGGCGCGACCGUAUGUGGCACGGCGGGACGAGUAAAGCUCAUUUGUUUGCUGCUCUUUUGAGGGGGACAACAAAAUGCAAAAAUUCGUCGAUGUUACUUCUUGGUUCCAUGCAAUAAAAGUGCAUGCAGACACUUCUGCUAACUUGCGAACUCCUUCACCCGCGCUCAUCAUUGUGUGGACAUUAGAUGUAAGGUUUUUUUUGGGGGGAAAAAAAAAAAAAAAAACUU